AUGUCAAUAACAGCCUAUGUGAUGGGUCACUUGGUGAACUCUGCUGCACCAGAUGCUGCAAAUGACCAUCCUCCUGACUUCAAGGCUGAAUUUCAUCCCCAUAUGGUGCAGUUAACACUGGUAAACUCUUUGUUACUGUUCUCCAAGUUCGAAAUUACCACACCCUAUAAGGGCAAUGACAUGACAUUCCCCAUCCAUAUUCACCCUCUGUGGGACUGGGCCCUCAACCUCUUGCAAAAUUCCUCCCUUGCACCACACUUCAUCUGGGAUGCCCAAUGGCUCUUCAAACAUGAUGAACCUUGGACAGGCAAUCAUUGGUGGGAUAUUCAAGGUUACCCUGUCAUAGCAUGUUGUGCAAACCUCCCAGUUCAUGUUUGCAAUGGUGAGCAAUAUGGUAGUGGCUGCAUCAUUGGCUGGCUUCUGAUUGUUCCUGAGCUUGCAAAAGAAGAGGGGAAGACUGGCUAUGCAAACUUCGAACAUCUCCUUGAGAAGGUUGUGGAGCUCUCAAAGCUGUGUGAUGACCCUUAUAUGAGGCAUGAGCUUUGGGAUCUAAAGAAGACAUAUGAAAUGCAUACUACUGAGAAACACAAAAGAGCACUGGCAUUAUUCAAGGAGAAGAAGACAGUUGGUAAGAAGAAAUUGAAGUCCCUCAGGUUAUGUCCUGUCAAGAACACUUUCUGGUCAGUAGAACAUUCAGAGCCUGAACAGGUUGCCAGUUUUGAGCCACUUCACUCCCUGCAUGGUGGCAUGGGAGGCAAGCACAUCCAUGGGGAACUCAGGAUUGUCAUCAUGAUUCACAUCAUGUUUUCUGAUGGAAAUAAAAUGCAAGAUCUCACCAGGUUACUUUGUAUGAUCAGUAGCUACCUGCAACUUGAUACCCUCAUUGGACUUGAUGUACACACCAAGAAGACUCUUGUGCCUGGCCUGCUCAAAGAUGCAUACCAGGAUUGCUCAAAUGGAAAGGAUAUUGUGGGGCAGAUUCUCUGUGUUGACCACCACCAACUUGCAACCAAACUCAUUCAGGCAUGCAUUGAUGCAGAAAAUGAGCAUGUUCGCAAUGCUACCAACAAUGAUGAGGACCACAACACAGUACUCAAAGGGAAUGCCAAGCUUGGCACACCCCAGCAGACUUGCUCACUCUCUGAUGUUGAGAACACUAACCAAAAUAACUGGGCAUUUGAUGGAUUCUGUCAGAAGCUAGAAACUUUCCUCAACACUUGCCUCCCAACUUAUGGGUGCCCCCUCAACAAGUGGACACAAUUACAAGGAACACAUACAAUCCAGGAGUGUCAAUAUUUGAAGGUCCAGUAUGCUUCAAUGGUGGACUGGGAGCUUUCAGAGACCAAGACUGCUUUCAUUCAACUCAUAUUCAUGUUCACUUGUAAGGUUGCAGUGUUUGAAGACACUUUUCAGUUUGCCCUUGUUCAGCUGCUCACUGCUGGGACUGGAGUGUGCAGCAAUACUUCAGGGUCAGAGCAAUUAGAUGAUCUUGGAGGUGGCUGUCUUCUUGGACUUGAGGUGGGCUUGCAAGCUUUUAAGAAGGCCUGUGACUACAUGCCUGAGGACUUCACACAUACACUUUGUAGUGUCAAUUCAGAAUUUUCUGGAUCUGACUCAUGUCCAGACCACUCUGACUCUGAGGAUGACACUUCUGAUCUCAAGGAGCUUCAAGAAUGUCUACUCUCCACUCUCCUGCAGAACUGCAAGAGAGCUGUGGAGAAUAACCCAAACACAAAAUUGGACAAUAACAUUGCUGCCCAAGCAAAAAAGUAUUGUUUCUUCUACCAUUUCUGGGUCUCAAAGGAUGUUUUCCUGCUCAUGAUUCCACUGCCCAGAUACAAUCUGAAUGACCCCACUCAUUGGAGUAUGCCUGAAUCAAAAAUUAUUGGCCUUAAGGUGGAACUCUAUUCCAUGCUACCUAGUGACCUCAAGGCCUGUGUGACAACUUAUAGCAACUUUGGCCAUGUGUUUUCAAAUGUGGAGACCCCACCAGCAGUGAUUGCCCAGGAGCCACCUACCAAAGAACAUUGUAUCACCCAGUGUAAGGUAAAGGGUAAGUAG